AAUUACUAGAACACCCAUAGAAACUUUUCAUGUAAUAAGGAAUUGGUCAAGUAAGCGGGGUUAGGCAAUAAUAUCAUGCGACAUACGGUCUCCGGAACCUGCUCGCCAUCCUCCACUCCAGUGUUCCUCUACCGGCGGAGAAGAUGCCCCUUAAAUGGCUCCUCCAUUGGCAACCUAAUCCAGGAACGACUGUGAGCAGUCAAAUUCUUACAGACGUUUCUCAGUGUGUGGAGAGUAUCAAUGGUGUCAAGGAAGGAAGAUGGAAAGCUACACUCACAUUCUACAGACCCAUGUUAAAAGACCAGAGUGUGGCAGCUGAAUAUCCUCGUGAUUUUCUGGGGAUUUCACUUCAGGAGCAACCUAACAAAUACUACUGUAUUAUUCGUGGUCAGCGUAUAGUAGUUGAGUCGGAUUCAACAAUUCAGAUAGUAAUGGAGAAGCUGCAGUCUUACAAGUCACGAUUCUCGCUUAAUUUUGAGGGGUUUCAAUAUCAACUUGGGGACUUCCAACUGAGAGUAGGAAAAGUAGUCCCAACACACUCUGAAAAUCUGAGGGGAAUUGUUAUGGAGGUGGAAUAUCUUCCAAUUUCAUCACUAGAUAAAUCCAGACAGAUCAUGGAAGAAUUUGUUGAUAUAUGGCAAGAAAUUGUAUCGAAUAGAUCAUUGCAGGGUCAUUUUAUGCAUAUAGAUCCAAAUUUUGCUGAGUAUGGACUUGCGGAUCACUAUUCUUCACAACAUACAGCUGUUCAGUAUGCUUCGGUCAUGGCUCAAUUGAUUGCCACCGUAAGAAACUAGGAAUUCAAAAUUUUAUAUUAUAGCUUUCUCUGCUUAAUAUUGUACUUCUUGGUUUUUUGGGAAUUUUCUCUCAGAGCACAUUGAUUGAAUCAAAAUAUCUUAGGUACUGGGGGUUAUACCUCUAUAACAUGUUUAUUUUUCUAGUAGUGGCCACUGAAAGACAAAUGUAGAUGAAGCGUUUGUGUAUGAUGAGGAAAGUGAAAAUUUGGAAGUAGAAAUUUGUUCUCAAUUUGAAGUAA